AAAGAAGCAGAAGAAGAACUGCGAAGACGAAGAAGAAGACAACAUGGCGUUCAGUUUUGGCGGCGCAGCGGCUAACCCUGCAGCAACUCUUACAGCUCCUGGUUUUGGGGCAGCCCCCACCGCUGCUGCUGCACCAGCCACAGGAUUCAGUUUUGGCUCCACCAACACUGGAUUUGGGGGGCUGGGAGCUGGAAACACCACGGCUGGUACGUUUGGUGGCUUUGGGGCAGCUGCAACAACUGCACCUGCACCAGGAUCCACUUUUAGCUUUAGUACUCCUGCCAACACCACAGGAGGCCUGUUUGGUAACACACAGAACAAAGGUUUUGGGUUCUCCUCUGGGCUUGGUACCGUGGCUCCUGCUGGGGGAACAGGAUUUGGAACUGGAUUAGGAACAACAACCCUGGGAGGGUUUGGAGGUUUUAAUAUCCAGCCCACUCAGCAGCAGACAGGAGGCUUGUUCUGUCAGCCGGCCCAGCAGCAGGCCCAGCAGCAGGCUCACGCUCAGACCACCCAGCUGUACCAGCAGGUCACUGCUCUGUCAGCCCCCACCUUGUUAGGAGAUGAACGUGACACCAUCUUAGCCAAAUGGAACCAGUUGCAGGCUUACUGGGGCACUGGGAAGGGCUACUACAGCAACAACAACCAACCUGUCGACUUCACGCAGGAGAACCCAUUCUGCAGGUUCAAGGCGGUGGGCUAUAGCUGUGUCCCAGUGAGUAAGGAUGAGGACGGUUUAGUGGCCUUACUUCUCAAUAAAAAGGAAGCUGAUGUGCGAGCGCAGCAGCAGCAGCUGGUGGAGACUCUUCACAAAGUCCUGGGAAGCAACCAGUCUCUCACUGUCAAUGUGGAUGGUGUCAAAGCCCUGCCCAAUGACCAGACUGAGGUGAUCAUUUACGUGGUGGAGCGUUCUCCUAAUGGCACCUCCAAGCGGAUCCCUGCCACCACACUCUUCAGUUAUCUGGAGCAGGGCAACAUCAAGGCCCAGCUCGCAUCGAUCGGAGUGGCCAUGUCGGGGACGCGCACAGAGCUGUCUCCAGCUCAGCUCAAACAGCUGCUGCAGAAUGCACCUGCAGGAGUGGACCCCAUCAUUUGGGAGCAGGCUAAGGUGGACAACCCUGAGCCAGACAAACUCAUACCAGUGCCCAUGGUGGGUUUCAAGGAGCUCCUUCGCAGGCUGCAGUUCCAGGAGCAGAUGACCAAACAGCACCAGACCAGAGUGGAUAUUAUUUCUGGUGACAUUAGUGAGCUGCAGAAGAACCAGGCGACAACAGUGGCCAAGAUUGCGCAGUACAAGAGGAAGCUGAUGGAUCUCUCUCACAGGGUGCUGCAGGUGCUAAUCAAACAGGAAAUCCAGAGAAAAAGUGGCUAUGCUAUCCAAGUGGACGAGGAGCAUCUCAGAGUUCAACUGGAUACCAUUCAGUCUGAGCUGAAUGCGCCCACGCAGUUCAAGGGUCGGUUGAAUGAAUUAAUGUCUCAGAUCAGGAUGCAGAAUCACUUUGGAGCUGUGAGAUCAGAAGAGCGAUACAGUGUU